AGAACUUUCUAGCUUUAAAAUGGAGCUGGAAAGUGCACAACAGUUCCUCAAGGGAAAGACAACUUCAGUGACGGGUGCUACGGGCUUCUUAGCAAAAGUUUUUAUGGAAAAGUUAUUAAGGACUCAGCCUGGUUUGAAGAAAUUGUAUCUUCUUCUAAGAGCUUCUGACUCUGAUGCAGCUACCCAGCGUUUGCACCAUGACAUUACGGGAAAGGACUUGUUCACGGUUCUUCGAGAUAGGAUGGGUGCAGAUUUUGAUUCUUUCAUGUCAGAGAAGGUGGAAGCCAUUGUUGGUGAUGUCUCACUUGUGAACUUGGGACUUAAUGAUGGAAAUAUUGGAAGGAAAAUUAAGGAAGAAAUAGAUUUCAUAGUGAGUUCAGCUGCGACUACUAGGUUUGAUGAAAGAUUUCAUGUUGCAAUGAAAAUCAACACAAUGGGUGCUUUACAUGUUUUAAACUUUGCACAGGGCUGUCCUAAUUUACAAGCUCUUCUCCAUGUGUCCACAGCAUAUGUGUGCGGCGAAGCUUAUAAUGAGAAAGUGAUUAAAGAAGAACCAUUAAAGAUGGGUCAGACAAUAAAAGGGAACUCAAAAUUAGAUAUUGAAUCAGAAAAUAAAUGA